GUCACCCGUCAAGCGUAAGGCAAAAAUGCAAUUUUGAUUGUUUCGAAAAGUGUUUUAUCUUUAUAAUACCCGUGUAUUGUAAAUUAACCGGCAUUUAUUCACACAGAUAAAAUGGCGAGUGAGAGUAGCUCAGCAGUCUUGGACUUGAAUGAUGCAGAUGCUACAGAUACGGAAGCCCCGAGCGUGAUCGACGCGGACGAGGUCCCCGAUGGAGCCCCACUUAUCAUGGAGCAUGGAUAUGAUAUCGCUGUGAAGGUGGAUGCUCCAAUGAAACAGCUAUCAACACUGGAGACGUUCGUAACUUAUCGCGUGAGAUGCGUGUGUGCACGCUGGAGCACCCCACCCCACGUCAGGCGACGGUACAACCACUUCAAACUUCUCCACAAGCGUCUGGCAGCCGCCCACCCGCUGUUGGCGCCGCCGCCACUGCCGCCGCUACACUCGGCGAGGCAGCAACUCGAUCGGUACUCGCCCUCCUUCGUCGCUGUGAGGUGUCUUGCCUUGCACUCCUUCCUUGAUCGCAUCGCAAAACAUCCAAUAUUAACACACAGCGAGGACUUCAGACUGUUUCUGACAACGCCUGAUGAAGAACUGGAAAAGGUUUUCAAAAGCGAGAACAACGCUCUGAAUCUGUGGGGCAUCAGUAACGCUCUGUACGGCAGCACUGAGUCGAAACCUGCCAAUGGUGCCAGAGUAAAAGACCCAGAGUUUAGCGCGGCAGCGGACUACCUCCAGUCGUUAGAACAAAAGUUAACCACGCUGUGUUCGCUCACCACCAAGCUCUACAAGGGCUCCGUCUCCCUCAGCACGGAGCUGAUGAGCAUGCGGCGCGCGUGCGACGCGUGGGCGGUGCAGGCGGGCGGGCGGCUGGGCGGCGCGGCGGCGGCGUGCGGGGCGGGCGCGGGCGCGGCGGGCGCGCCGCGGGCCGCCGCGCCGCUGCGGCACCGCGCCGCGCUGCCCGCGCUCGCCGCCUACGCGCACGCGCACGCCGACAAGAUCCGCGCCCGGGACGCGCUGCACGCCGCCUACGUGUCCGGUAACAACGCGACAGACGAAGUACAUAACAGAUUAGAACAAGCCUCAGAAGCACUGCGCUCGGAAUUAUCCGAUUGGAUACCAAAGACACACGCAGAAAUCAAAUCCCUACUACUAGACCUCGCCGACAGACAAGUGAACAUACACACACAAACACUGAUGGGCUGGGAGCACGCCCUAAAACUGUCAACAGAGGACAUAUCGGAAGUUUUCAAAACUGUAUCAAAAACCGCUGUGCAAAAUCUCUCGCCAUCGAAAUGUAGGACGAUAACAACACCCAAUGAGACAGAGAAUGAUGUAGAUAAUUACAGCAACGAUUCCGAUGUCCAGGAUGUUCCUAAUAACUCGGACGGCUCGAAGGACCAUAUCCAGGAUGAUCCAAAAGAUUCAAAUACAAAUGUUGUUCAAGAUAGUGUUCAAAAUGGCGAUUGUGGGAAGUCUGACUCCAUUAAGGAGGAUAGUUCGAAAACUGAUUCGAAGUUUUCAGACCCCUUGCAAGAUUUCUCCGAAGUUGAUUUGUUGUGAUUCUGCGAUACAAUCUUUUGUAACAUUCUCAAAGACCUUUGAAGUGUUUUUCAUAUCGAAAUUAAUGUUAUAUGUACAUAGCUACAGAAUAGUGUUAAAAUUAAAUUAUUAAUGUAAUCAUUCUUCCGGUUUGUUCUACUUAUUUAUUUAUAUAUAGGCUAUAUAAUGUCAAGUUUCGAAUCUGAAGAUGCAAUAAUGUUAAUCAAACAAAGUGUUUGAAAUUUGAGCAUAAUAUAUUCUGUUCAUUUAAAUUAUAGGCUAUAUAAUGUCAAAUUACGACUCCGAAGAUGCAAUAAUGAUAAUCAAACAAUCUGUUUGGAAUUUGAGCAUAAUAUAAUCUGUUCAUUUAAAUUAUAGGCUAUAUAAUGUCAAGUUACGACUCCGAAGAUGCAAUACUGAUAAUCAUACAAUCUGUUUCGAAUUUGAGCAUAAUAUAUUCUGUUCAUUGAAAUUGUAGGCUAUAUAAUGUCAAGUUACGACUCCGAAGAUGCAAUAAUGAUAAUCAAACAAUCUGUUUGGAAUUUGAGCAUAAUAUAUUCUGUUCAUUGAAAUUAUAGGCUAUAUAACGUCAAGGUACGAGUCAUUAGAUGCAAUAAAUUUGUCAAAUGUGGAAUUUAAAAAUAAGGAAACGCAGCUAGCGUCUAGUAGUAAGAGUGGCCAAAUUAACAAAAAAAAAAAAUAUGUAUAUGUUUACAAGUUUACUUUUUACAGGGUUUGAAACUAAAUAAAAUGUUGGUCUCAUCUG